UACACUAUAAAACCAACACCGAGCUAACCUAGAAGCCUAGCUGUAGUUUGUGUACAGUCGGCGGCUUCAGCAAUGACCUGUCUCGGUUAGUUAGUGGGACUAAGUUAACGGGCACUUUUCUCGUUUUAAAGUUAAAGCUUCCUUGCCACUUUGUUGGUGUUUUCUUUAAACAAUGUUGAGCAGCGUUGCUCUGCGGGCUCAGAUUGCCUCCAUCAUCGAUGCCUUGUCCAAAGCAGCCGUGGAGGAGAUCACCAAAGUUGUGGAGGAUGGCAUGGUGGUACUGCGGCUGGAAAUGUGUCAGGGUGAAAAUGAGAUCAAGAAGCUGAAGAGCAACAUCGAGGUCCUGCACAACGAGCUGAGAGCACUGCAGGGGAGGGUGACCCUGCGACCUGACAGCCGUGGGAGAGAUGAGAGUCAGAGUGACGUUCGUGAUGAGAGGACCUUGUUUGAAAAGGGGCACGCUGAUAAGGACCAAAACGGCCUGUCCGUACCUGAGGUGCAGGUGAAAUGUGAACCCGUGGAAGAAGGAAGUGAGGAGGCUGCAGGACAACCUGACCAGCUGGGUGAAGAGUCAGCCACGUAUGAAAGGGACAGUGCACAGUGGAGGCAGACAGCACAAGCUCAGACAGGACGCAACAACUCAGAUUAUUUAAAUUUAGGCCAGAACUCCUUGUCGUGUGUUCCUGAAUCGUCUCUGGACACGGGACUGGCUGUGCCCUGCAGCAGCUCUGGUGUGUUUCAGCAGAGCCCAUUCAGCCGCGGGCUGCUGGGUUACAGUCAGUAUCGUAAUUUGUACAACACGGUGCGGAGGAGGACGGUGAAGAGGUUAAUGUUCAAAAAGGGCUUCAUCUGUCCGUAUUGCGGUAAAUGUUUUGAGCGUUCUGGGCACCUGGAAAGGCAUAAGAGGAUUCACACUGGUGAGAAACCUUAUCUCUGCGAGAUAUGUGGGAGACGGUUUAAUCAGAAAUGCAGCCUGAAGGAGCACAUGAAGAUUCACAGAAGAUGUAUUCAGCCCACACCACUUGAGAUCGAGGUGUGUGAACAGAAGCAGAUUCCUGAGGUGAAUCCAUGUGCUGAUACUCUUCAUCCCAAGGAAGAGAGCCAGGUGAAAACUGAGGAUGGCCUACCUAAGAAUGAGGUCAUUCUCCCAACGCCCAUACACAUCAAAUCUGAGCCUGCAGAGGAGAAUAUAGCACAACCGCUGUUUCAUGGAGGCAACGAGCAGACAAGGAAAGAAGGGGAGGACUUCGCAACAUUCGAGAGAGACAGCCAGCAGUGGAUGCACAAGUUACAAGGACAAAACAACACGGACAUCAGCAGUACAGAGUAUAUCAGCAGCUCGGCGCACAGUAUGACGUCUUUCCCAGGAAUAGCACAGUUACUGCCACCACCACCAGUCGAAGCUUCUUGUAGCACGUUCUCCUUUCCAGGGAAACCAUAUGGGCAGCUCAAAAACAGCAUGAUGUCUCAAACACCAUAUGGAUCCUCAGACACACUUAUGAUAUCAAGUGAAGCAGGCUUGCAUGGUAUGGCAGGAGCCAUGCUGAAUCACCACCGACAGAGAGGAUGCAGGUCAUUUCAGGUGAUCAAACCAAAGAAAUGCUUCGCCUGCUCAUACUGUGGCAAAGUCUUCGAGCGAGCCGGACACCUCGAGAGACAUUUACGAAUUCACACUGGGGAGAAGCCGUAUGGUUGCCAUAUCUGUGGGAGGUGCUUCAAUCAGAAGAGUAGCCUUAAGGGCCACAUGAAAACGCACAGAAAUGGGGAGAACACCGAGGUGCUGGAGGCACAUCACCUGAUGUUUACAAUGCCUGAUAAUCAACCGUUGAAGAACCUGGCAGAACCCAAGCCCGGACUGGCAGUUUUAGAGGAACACUUACUGGGCACCACAUACAGCGAGGCAGGUGGUGAGCAAACAGUGAUGGUGAAACUGGAGCCAAAUGGGGAGGAUUUUCAGACUCUAAGUCAGGCAGGGACUGAUAACAGCACAGGAGCACCAGAUCAAAGUCAGCUGUGGACAUCUGGGAUGGAGAGGAGUGGUGAUACCGAACAAACUGUCUGUGUACUUUUACAUGAUGUCAAGUAUCACCUCAGUCCUGCUGUUGGAGAAGCCAGUGAGCAGCAGGGAUAUACAUCACCAAUAAGGGAUCUGCCUUUUCUAGACACCAAAGAAAAGGAAGAAAUGAUGCACAGUGAUCAGUAUUCAAUGAUGGGAAUGCAAUCAAGAAGCUCCGAUAUGACUUUAGCGCCUGAGCUGCAAGAUCAACAUAUUGCGCCAGAGGUGGCUGUGAGUGAGUACACAGCUGUGAGUGACAGGACUCAUGAGGGAGGUGUGUUUGAAUUUAAUAUGACUGCCUCAGGCAACCAUGCGGACAGCUGUGGCGAGGACGCCACCAGGCAAAAUUGCUUUAUAUGCUCAGCUUGUGGGCAAAGCUUUGAUAGUUUCAGUCUAUUUCAGAGGCACCAGUGUAAAAAUAUCACAGCGAAAUCCUUCAGCUGUGAGAUAUGUGGUAAGAUGUUUAAUCAGAUGAGCAUCCUGAAGUUGCACCUUAAACUGCAUGUAGAAUAAAAUUAUCUGUGAUGUGCACAAGGAAAAAUACUCUAGAUGAUUCUCCAAGGAGCUUCAUCACAUUCAGUCGUAACACAAGUGCACAAGUUAAUUUAUAACGGUUGACGAAUCAAUGUAACAUAUAACUAAAUACAGAAAUGAAUACUUGAUGUCCUAAAACUUCCAAAAGCUAAAGCUUAAGAACAAAAGGCAUUCGUUUUUUUUAAUAUUCAGUACUGAUUAGGUACAAUAUUUCAAGUACUUUGCACCAAAUGUUUUCCUGCUACUUUGACCUUCUCCAUCUUCUCAUUUAUAGAAGACUUUUUUUUUUUUUUUUUUAAAGAUGAUUGAGGAUUGUUGGCAUUAACUGUUGCUCCUUGCUUGCUUGAAGCUGGCCAGAGCUUUGGUGUGGCUUUUAUAAUGACUCAAACUUCUCAGAGAACCCAAACAAUGUCAAGUGUUUGAAGUGGCAAUUAAAGCCGCCACAUUUUCGGUUACUCAGACUGAUAACUAGUUUUGCUAAAUUAUUUCAAAGAUACUUGUCUUUAUUUUGAGAAUGGUAAUGGCCAAAUAACAUGAGAACGUGAUUACAUGCUGAUUAUGUUGCCUACUGAACCAUUGUGUUUUGCUGUUUUCACAGUUCAAAACCAGCCCGAGUCAGUUUGGUCUAUCAAGAAAGUAUCGUGUGUCAUCACUAUAGAAUGUAACUCCACCUUUUUCUGUCCAACUGAACGAACCUCACCGUCACACAGAAUCACACUGUUCUCUUUUUGUUUAGAGACAUUUAUUUUAAGAUACGUCCUUUAAAUAACAAGUAAUGAGAAAUAAUUUUGCACUGUAACUGAAUUUCCUGAUUGGAAACAGACCAACAUGCUUUUUUUUAUCACCGAGGAUAUGCUGUUAGCAUAUUUUUUGUUCUUUAGUGUGAGGUAGGCUGUGAUGAUAUUUGAAAAAUAUCAAUAUAUUUUUUUGGCUAAACAAUAUUUAGUGAUCUGGCUGAAUUGGAACAAAUUACAGUAUGCAUUAUCAACAAAAAAUUUAGUACAGUUUUUCAGUGGCACCCCCAGAAAUGUUUCAUAAGGGUGGUCAGAUGG